AGGUAUCAUGCAUUCAGCAGUAGUCUGAUCAGAGGUGGUUACCGGCUGCGACAUCUUGAAGACUACUGCCACCUAUUGCAUGGGCAUCCGUAUCCUUUGGUCAAGUGUUAAAGUCGAGGCGUAUUAUGGCAGUACGGUCUACCAGAACUAUGAGGGAGAGAUGAGUACAGCCUGGAUGAUCGUCAAAGUGAGUAGCGAGUCGAAGUCUCUACUUACUACGAAGGCAUACAAGUGGCCGGCGUCUCUCACAAGUCGAUCUCUGUCGAUCUUUCCUCCUUGCAUUCAUCUCGUUUUACUUUUCUGUUGCGGAUCCUAGCUAUAUACAUAGAAUCCAAGAAACUUUGGGAAGAAGACGUUUUACACGCAGGUAUCAACAUGUCUGCUUGUACACUCGCAUUCACCCUCCAAAAUGACUUCGCCCAAUUCGCUCCCCGUCUCGGGACUCUUUCGCUUCAACGCCUCGAUGGAACCUCGACUCCAGAAAUUCAAACGCCAGGAUUCAUAACCGCUAGUUCUCGGGGCGUUGUGCCUCAUCUAUCCCGCGAUCAUGUUAAAAUGACAAACGCCAUUCGUUUGACAAACAUUCCGUUUGAGUCAUUGUAGCUUGGAGAGAACGCCUCCCGUACCGACUCUUCAACCAGGGUUGAAACCUUUACACGCCUUUCUCGGGUUCCCAACAUGGCAACAUAUCCUUUCGCUUUCUCUCCGAGAUCCUUUCGAUGGACGAGAGAUGCCCGCCAACAAUAAACUCUAUGUCUCAGCGAAUUGCAUUAGAGGUGUACGCAAGGUUACUCCAGCUGACUGGCGAAAUUAUGCUAUAGCGUGCAAACCGGAUCUUGUCGUCGCAUUGAGCGAUGUACCGUAUACAAAUCAGCUUCACUCGCAGAAACGCACCACGAAGGGUAUCGAGAGGUCGACCGGGUGGCUUGCAGAUUUUCUGCGACCUGUUGCAGCCUCUCUGACUGGGGAAGAAGAGGAAGCAAAACCACAUCAUCUGAACGUGCUUGUGAACCUGGUUGGUGGAACUGAUGCUCGUGCUCGAACCCUCUUCUCGCAGGGUCUGAUUGAGACUCUUCAUGGGAGAGAGCAAGAACAGGUACAGCCAAUACACACAUUGGACGAAGGUGUCUCUGGAUACAUUUUCGACUUUCUUCCUCUCCGUCUCUCUCUCGACACCAAGUCCAUGACUGAACCAAAACAAGCCAUCGAGACCGACAUGUUUGCUGAACUCGCACGAGCAUCAUUAGCUCCCCUCCCGCAGAACAAAGUUCGAAUAGCAUACUCAACGACCUCCCCACAUGAGAUUCUUCGUUUUGUCCAAGAUGUCGGCGUUGACCUCUUUGACUCGCAUUGGGCUCAACGUGCAGCAAAUAUAGGCAUUGCAUUGGACUUCCGGUUCCCCGCCAUUCCAGAUGACAUGCCCAUCUGGAAUGAUGAGCACUGCCCUUGCCCGCAGUUACGAAGUAACGGGAAAUGGGAUCUCGGACAUAAUCUCUUCUCAGAAAAAUAUGCUCAUCAACAUACAAGAUUAGCGAGCUCAUUCCUCAACGGUACUUCCCCGGAGACUCAAACGGAAGAUUCCCAUGUAUGCCCUUGCGGCGCAUGUUCACCAUCAUCACUAUCCAUAUACCUCACACACAGUUCUGCCGACGCUCGAUACCUAGAAACAGAAGUCCCGCAACGUCCAUACACCCGUUCAUACCUGCACCAUCUCUUACACACUCACGAGAUGUCUUCUCACACACUUCUGGUCAUGCACAACCUCUCCGUCAUGGAUGCGUUCUUCGCUGGCAUCCGUCAGGUCUUGAAAUCCUCUCCGGCGAGCUUUUUGAGAGAGCUCGAUCGUUUCGCACAGACUUAUGACGAAUCGACGGAGUUGUUUGAUGAAGCAGAGAAGCUGUGGGCGAAGAUUGAGUCGGAGAGAGGAAAGGGUAGAUUGGCGAGGGAGAAACAAUCGUCAGGGCAAGUUACUACAGAAUAGACCCCUAUACUUUAUCAUUUCACUCUCAUUCAGUUUCUUGGGGGAUACGGUUGGUAGUAACUGAUGGAACAGCCGCUAAGGAAAGUUGCAUGCGUAUAGACGUUCAGUGAUGAACUGAUGCAGAUUUUGACCAUAUCGUGUUCUUUUGCCCUGCACAUGCUAUAACAGAGGUGGCUUGUUUAGGUUCUCAGAGACUAUCGGCGUUGUCCUACAAAUUCAUGAGAAAUAGAGUGGAAUUGGAUAUAGCACGCUGACCGU